ACUCACUAGCAUCCACUCUGUUUGUAGCUGCCUUAGCUCUGUCAGUAAGUUAGUUCAUCAGCCUCCCUACAGCCUGCUGCACUCUCAAAAGCAGUGCAGGUCUGUCCUUUUUUUACUGCGAUACAGACGAGUAGAGCAGCAGGUGAACUAAGUAACAUUUCGGGUAGAAGACACCGGUGGAGAUGUGUAAUAAGCUGCACUGGACACUAAGGACCUACCUGGCUGCCAGCCUAUCAACUGACAGCUGUCACCGCACCUAGCUGCUUAGCUAGCUGGCUAGGUGAGCUAACGGCUAACAAGUGUUUUUUCGGGCUCAUUGCCUGGCUAAAUUAGCCAGCCGGUGCUGCUCUUUGGUCAGAGUGGAAAGCGGCGACUUCCGCAUGGACGUUUCAUCUUAUUAUUUUCUCAACAUUAUUUGACUCCGCCUGCUGUUCAAACCAUGAGUUAGCCGAGGAGCGUCGGACCGCAGUGUUUGGAAUAUUUUGAGUUCCAGCUAGGUAGCUAGCAUUUAGCUUGAAGCUAGCCGACUGCAUUCAUUCAAUUAUUGAAAAACUGCUAAGUGGUUAACACCAGCAUCUCAACGAACAGGGACUGGUUAUAUCCAAUCCAAAUUGUUGUGACGACACGACAAUAUUUUGGACUUGAACGUGCGUUGGAUAACCUCGGGGAGAAAUGAAGAAAUUUUUUGAUUCUCGUCGGGAGUUGGUGAGCUCUGGGCCUGGCUCCGGAGUCGGUGGAGGAGGCGCUGGUUCCGGCGGCGGUGGCAGCUUCAUCGGACGGGUCUUCACCAUUGGACGGUAUCAAGUGACCGUCGAGGAAAUUGUCGCCGAAGGAGGUUUUGCCAUAGUCUUUUUGGUGCGGACUCAUCAAGGUGUACGUUGUGCACUAAAAAGGAUGUAUGUCAACAAUGAACACGAUCUGCAAGUCUGCAAACUAGAGAUACAGAUUAUGAAGGACCUAGUGGGCAACAAACACAUAGUUGGCUUCCUGGACUCCAGCAUAGCUGCAGUUGGAGCUGGUGAUGUGUGGGAAGUCCUGAUUUUAAUGGACUUCUGUCGAGGUGGGCAGGUGGUUAACUUAAUGAACCAGCGGUUACAGACAGGCUUCACUGAAGCUGAGGUGUUGCAGAUCUUUUGUGACACGUGCGAGGCAGUUGCUCAUCUCCACCACUGCAAGACUCCAAUCAUCCAUCGAGAUCUUAAGGUGGAAAAUAUUCUUCUGCAUGACCGGGGACACUAUGUGCUCUGUGAUUUUGGAAGUGCCACCAACCGCUUCCAAAACCCUCAGACAGAGGGGGUGCCAGCCGUAGAGGAGGAGAUCAAGAAGUACACUACUCUGUCGUACCGCGCUCCAGAGAUGGUCAACCUCUACGGUGGAAUGGUCAUCACUACAAAGGCAGACAUUUGGGCCAUGGGUUGUCUACUCUAUAAGCUGUGCUACUUCACGCUUCCUUUUGGGGAGAGCCAAGUGGCUAUCUGUGACGGAAGUUUCACUAUCCCAGACAACUCCCGCUACUCCCAAGACAUGCACUGUCUCAUUAGAUACAUGCUGGAACCUGACCCAGAUAAGAGACCAGACGUCUACCAAAUAUCCUACUUUGCCUUUAAACUGGCUCGACGAGAGUGUCCAGUCCCAAAUGUAAAUAAUUCACCCAUUCCUGCAAAACUUCCUGAGCCCAUCAGAGCCAGUGAAGCUGUGGCCAAAAAGAGUCAAACCAAAGCCAGGCUCACAGACCCUGUUCCUACCUUGGAAACCUCAAUUGCACCUCGCCAACGACCCAAGGCUGGCCAGGCUCAGCCCCAGCCAAUAUCAGGCAUCCUUCCCAUCCAGCCAGCUCUCACUCCACGCAAGAGACCCAGUGUGGCUGCUGGAGCACCACAGGCCAUAGGUGUUGGUAUUAAUGUCCCACCUCCAGCUACAGCUGCUGUCCAGGCUGCUCAGCCGGCUCCUGCUGCACCACAGCCAGCUCAGACAGCCAACAUGCAGCCACAGGCUACGCCGCAGCAUCAGCAGCUCCUCAUGAAGCAGCAGCAGCAAGCUUCAGGCUUCUUAAGCCCACAGAGUAACCAGCAGCAUCACCUGGUACAGAGCCUUCAGCAGCAGCAACAAGCAGCGUCUCAGGCGUCCACCCUGCUGCACUCCAAAGCUAAGCCUGUUCCUCCAGUUAUUACCCUGCAACUGCAACACCAGCAGCAGCUGCAUGUAGCCCCUGUCCACGAAACAACAGCUCCUCAUCUGACAGCCAUCCCUGAGUCUGCAGUCGUUGGUCCUGCAGCUGACCCAGAGACGGCUAGCCGAGGGAUUCAGAAGGUUGGCUCAUUGACACCCCCCUCGUCGCCAAAGAUGGCCGCUAAAAGUGGCCACAGACGCAUAUUGAGCGAUGUCACUCACAGCGCCGUGUUCGGGGUCCCAGUCAGCAAGUCCACCCAGCUACUCCAGGCAGCCGCAGCUGAGGCGAGCCUCAACAAGUCCAAAUCAGCCAGCACCACUCCUUCUGGCUCCCCCUGCUCAUCCCAGCAGAGCGUGUACCAUCCAGGUGAUAAUGACACCCAGUCAGCUCUCACUGCACCCAGUACUCAGCCUAGCUGGAACCCCUUUGGGGAUGAUAACUUCUCCAAGCUCACAGCAGAGGAGCUACUUAACAAAGACUUUGCAAAGCUAGCUGAGACUGCUGCACCGGGUGAGAAGGUCACAGGGUCCAGUGAAAACCACAUUCCAGGGCUCAACACUUUCCCAGAGAAGCUGAUUGAGGGACUGAAGUCCCCUGAAACUUCUCUGCUGCUCCCUGACCUCUUAACCCUGGCCAACCCCUUCAAUAGUUCUGCAGAGAGCUCCACCCAUGUGAAGGCAGACGUGUGUGUCGAUUCACUGAUUCCUGGUUUGGAAGCCCCCCAGGCCCAGCGGCACUCAGGCCAGCCAGAGUUCAUCACUACCAGCAUGCCAGACUCUCUCACUGGGGAGGACUCUCUGCUGGGUUGCGAUCUGUUAUCUCAUACUUCUCCUCAUGGGAACCAGUCUGUUUCUGCUCUCCCUUCCUCCUCCUCCUGCUCCUCUGCUCCUCCUGGCUCCGGCCCUGGAUCCUGUCUGGAGGAGCUGCCGCCUGGUCAGACAGCUUCUGACUCUGCCUUCCUCAUGUCGUGUGGGGAGAAGGGCAAUGACGACGAGUUUGACCCUAUUCCUGUGCUCAUCUCCAAAAACUCAAAUCAAGAUGUGCAAGGGGAGAGUAAUGGCUACUCUGUGCUCGGUGAGGGACAAGAGACUGAACCUCAAGAAGGAGAUUCUCAAGCACAUGAGGGAUGCAUGCACUCCAGCGAUGAAGAUGAUGAUGAUGAGGAGGAGGAGGAAUCCCAUAAAGAGGAGCAGGAGAAUGUGGUAGCCAUUAAGAGUCAUGCAGCAGCCCAUGACAGCAGCGGCGCCAGACCUCUGCUGCUGGACUCUGAGGAUGAAGAAGAACAAGGACCUCAGUUAGCCCUCCACUCAUCACCACACUCCAGCGCCGUACCAACACAACCAUCUACUACCUUCCACCAACCUACUCCGAGCACCUUUGCUCAGAAUCAUUCCCAGCAUGUACACGAACCAGCAAAAGGUGCAGAUGUCGCUGCAGAUGUCUUCUCAAAAGCCCCCUUUCGGAUUGCGCAAGAAGAGCCGGCCGAUGUGUUUGCUAACGCUCCGUUUCCACGUGGCCCCCUCGCAGCUCCACAGCAGUUUGAUGUAUUCUCUCAGGCUCCCUUCGGAAAAAGAAAGGAGGCUAUGGGAGGUCAGCUCUCGUAUCCUCAUGCAGCUGGAGUUCAUGCUGUUACCCCUGAUCAAGGUGUGUUGGGACAAGUUGCCCAGCAACCAUUCCGCCCACAAGCUCUGGCCAAAUAUUCCCGACACUUUGAGGGACCUGUGCCCCAGCAGCCAGUAGCAGCUCAUCGAGUAGUGUCUAACGUGAGCAGGCAAGCCGCUGUGGCAUCAGUCCCCGUUGGACCUCUUCACUCAUGGACCUCAGAAGUGGGUGCUGUAGACCCUUUCGUCUCUGCACCAUUUCACCUCAAGGCCCCACAAGAAAAGCCCUGAACGCACCCUCAGCAGUCAGGGCAGUGGGUAUCAGCGCUCAUCACUGAAUUAUGCAAACUCUAACAGGCAUACUGCAUGCUGUCACCAGCGCCGCAGCUGGACUGCAGGCCUGCAUGGAUCUCAUUCUUAACUGGCUCCAAUUAGUGAUAGUGCAACGUCAUCUUUACACUUGAAUGCUCAGUUAGAUUUAAAAAAACUGACAUCAUUUCCUGACUCCUAGUAGCUUUUUAUUUUUUCUGUCACAUCCUUUUACUUUUCGAAUUGUCUUCAAUCCUUUUGGUACGUACAUCUAUACAGAGACAAUAUGGUGGUCAAGCAUUUGAUUGUUUUCUUGCCUACCUCAGUUACUUUUUGUGUCAGCACGGAAACACCACACAGUGAGGGAGUACAAUGAUUGUGUGCAGCUUUAGCUGUUUCAUUUCCUGUAUAUUUGAGCUUUACUGUGAAAUUAUGAUCUGGUGACUGCGGAAGCCGAGGACGGCUAUGCUUGCACUUAUUUUUUAAUGCCAAUUUAUCAAGAUUGUAAGUUAAUUACGGGUUUAAUUAUGUUGAUUCUUAAAAAAACAAAUGGAAGAUUCCUGGAGAUAACAAGAUGAUUUGUCACAAGAAAACUAGUUUUAUUUUCUCAAGUUCAUGGGAUAAUUACUGAGAACUUGAAAAUGAGGGUCUGGGUUAUUUGAUCCCAACUAAUUUCAGGCUUCAUGAACAGCUGUCAUGGUUUAAAUCAGUUGCUACAGUUGUCAAGAUGCUAUCUGUACAUGUCAGCAUGGCACUCCUGAUCUUUGAUAAACAUUUUAAGUAAUAAGAGCACACAACCGUUUGUUUUCUUGUGGUAACAGGUUGAUCUUCUCGUUAUCUCAAGAUAGCAAAGCUCAUUUUCUCAAAAUAACAAAAUAAUGAACUUGUGAUCUUGAGAUAACCACAUUAAAACAUUUCAAGCAUGGCCGUUCUUGGAUUUCGUCUGUAAUGCCUCAUUCCUUCCUUAUGUUAGUUCUCAAAAUUGUACGAUGUAGCUUGAAUCACAAGAUCAUAACUUCACAGAAGCUCAGAGGAGGAAAAGACACUGUAAAGAUAUUUCAGAGGCAUUUAUCUGUUGUUACAUCAAAUGAGCAAUUUGUUAACCUUACAAUUAUGCCCUCAGAGUCAGUACUUUUGGGCGCUUUGGGUUUUAUGCUUGACAGUUUGUUCUGACGCAGAUGCUGGAUAAUGAUGCAUAGACAUUUCAAGGACAACGUGUUGAUGUGAAAUGUAACGUUUUGUUGUUUCAUUCCAAAAUGUUUUGCAUUUUGUCAUGUAUUAUCCGUGUGGUCACUGUCCUGUCUGAUGAAAAUGGAAUAUCAGUGUUUAUUCCAUGAAACGUACGAGCCGUGUUUAAAUAGAAAAUACAUUAUAGUGGUUCCUAUGUUAGAUAAAUGUAGAAGACUUUUCUUUGUAUCUAAUUACGCUACAAGAUGAUCUCUCAGAAGCCUUAUGCUCUUACAGUACAUCCCUCCGACCACAUCAAACAGCAUCAAUCACUUUUGCCUUCUGUGCCCUCCUUAAGAAAUCUGCUGCAUUGAUCAUUUUAUUGCACUGGCAUUCAGCACCAAAUAUGUGUGUACAAUCGUGUACAACUUCCUUUUGCUGUCUGCAGUAUGCUAAUGCACCAUCCAACUCUAUAAUGCAUCUCUAUGGUAGGUCUCUAUAAACUCCAACUGUGUACUAACUGUGACUCACACGUACAAACAACUGACAUGAAAACCUAAACUGCAACUUAAAUAAAAGCUUUCCUGCAGUCACAAAUAUCUACAGCACUUAUGCUUCGCAGUUCCAGUCAGGGAUUGUAAUAGUAGUAUCUUGUAAGUGACAUCUUGAAUGGUGACUGAUUGAUGACAUUCCUUUUGAGUUUAUUUCCAUCGCCAUUUGGGAAUAUUUUAUUAUCCUUGUGCUCUGUAAAAUCUUGGAACACUUUUUGGUUCCCAUCGUGGCACUUUUUAGAAAGGGGAUCCAACCUGUCUCAGCCCAAAGUUUAAUUCAUGUAUUCCUCUGUUGCAAUGUAAAAUCCUCUGUUUUCUUUUCUAUUUGAAGUGUACAAUCUUUUUUUAUAUAUAUAUGUAAAUGCUCACUUUCCUCACCCAUCUUGUAUACAUGAAGGUUGCACAUCGUCACUGACACAGAGUCAGGGUUCCCUAAGAAUGCGUUAUGAUUGUAACACAGCUGUAUAAUGUAUUUCAACAAGUGUUGUAUAGGAAAUCUUUGGAGGAUUCGACAACUGGUGAUCCUGUUGGACAAAAAAAAGCACUCGAAAUACUUAUUAUGCUGCACAGCCUGCCUUUGAAAACUAUGUUGUAUGUCAUAAAAACUAUUAAAUGAAUGUAAAUCA